GUGCCUUUAUAUCGGGCGUGAUCGUUUGACUCAAGACGGUAUCAAUUGAAUUAGAUGAGAUGAGAGACGCGUCGUGACGCGUUGCCCGAUUUGGUAACGUGAUGCAAGGUCUCCUGUGCCUAAGCAUUGAUCAGGAACCCAACAUUAGUUGACAUGGCAAGUGCCAGUGAGUCACGGGCGGACGAUGAGUUUGCAACCUGUGUUGCGAGACGGAGAGCUGAAUGCUCAUAUGGGUGCACCCAAAUCGUCUGAAGCAUCGCCGGCGGGGCUACAAGCAGCUACUCGCCAGUCACUUUGAACGCCGGUUCUCUGACAAGGACAAUCGCGGGAGAGUUAAAACACAAAGCCCGGUUCUCCGAGAUUCCGGCGUCCGUUUCCAACGGUUUUUCUUGUCGGUGUGGCGGGAGGCGCGUGGGCCC